GCCCCUCAUUGCUUGCCAAUUUGGCUACCAGACUAUGCUGUCAGUGGAUAAUCGCAUCCUCUGAGCUACAGGUCUGGCACCUGACCGGCAACUAUAAAUGGCAGCAGGAUCAUUUUACCAAGGGAUGAGUGACCCCUGGAUAUGACCUUUACCCCCUCCUUUUUCUUUUUGGCUUCUUGCUUACCAGGCUCCCUUCUCUGUCCAUACUGGGGGGCACAAUGGGGAGUGUGGGCAGCCUCCUCUCUGGGCAUGGCUUCAGCAGCAAGCACGGAAGAGGCUCUCAGCACCGUAGCCGAAAAGCACCGCACCUCAAAAAGCUGAGUCGUUGCUCAGAUGGCAUUCUCCGAUUUGGCUUCUCCCAGGAAUCAGGACACAACAUGGGAGGGGGAUCUAAGAUGGGCCGGAGCGAAGACUUCUUCUACAUCAAAGUAAGCCAGAAAUCACAUGUAGGACCAAGGCAGGAGUACCAUGGAGGAGUGACCAACACUGAGCCGGAAAGCCAACCGGUCCAGGAGUAUACUGUACCACCGAACAAGACCUGUAACCAACCCAGCAUGAUUCACUUUCCCAAACGGCUAGAGCUGGAAAUGAAUGCCCUGCGCCCCUCACCCCUGAAGCCUGGAAUGCGCAGGAACUCGGCUGUCACAUGUUACCCAGCUGCGGAAAGUGGUCCGCAACUCUCUCUAUACUACCGGCCAGACCGUGCACGGGAGGCGGAGAGCAGGGCUGGACACUGCAUGGGAGGCAUGUCGGAAUCUGGCAGAAACUCCAUGUCCAGCCUUCCAACUCAUCCCAGCAAGUUGGGCACUGCAUGUCAACUGGAUGCUUUAUUAAUGCCAACAGGGCGUUUUGGAGGCAGUGCCCACAACAUCACCCAGAGCUCCCGAAGCAACAUGCUGAGCCUUAGAGCUAUGUCCUUGUCAGAUGGUGGGAAUGCUAAUAAAAUAAUAAGUGUCCCCACUAAAUCAGGCCUAAGGUCUCCUCCGUCUUGUGAAGACUUGGCAAGAGCAGAGCCUGGGGAAAGCGCAGAUGAAGGUCACAGAGGAGGUAUAUCCAGGUCCAGGCAGAGUUCGCAGAGAGGACAGAGAGGCCAGCACAUGCUACAGAUUCAGGUGGCACAGGAGAGGGAAUCCAUGGAGAGCAAGGUACGAGGGUAUGAAAAGGAGAAGAAGAUUGCCAUUAGCCCAUCACUUGAAGAGACACAGUGGGAGGUAUGCCAGAAAUCAGGGGAGAUUGCAUCACUGCGUCAGCAGUUACGGGAGACCCAGGAGGAGUCUUCCCUUCGUGCCAGUGAAAUUCUCAGUUUGAAAGCCCAACUGCGGGAGACUAAAGGCCGAGCGGAGGCCCAAGAGCAGCGGGCUAGAGAAGCAGAGGAAAGACUACGUGUAGCAGAGUCAGAAAGGGGGGACAGGGAAGACACUGUAUUAUCUGAGGCUGAGCUGGAGACCCUCCGCACAGAGCUUGAGGCAGAACGUCAGAACAAUGAGCAGAUGACAGAUGUGUUCCAGAGGGAGAGGAAAACAUGGCGAGACGAGAAGGAGAAGGUCAUCCGUUACCAGCGCCAGCUGCAGCAAAACUACCUUCAUAUGUGUCAACGAUGUCAGGCCCUUGAGCAAAGGCUGCGGGCUUUGAGUGGAGAAGACCUGGACGACGGACCCAUCAUGACUCUGCCUGAUAUGGAGCUCUCCUUCCAGGACAUAUUAGCUACUGAGAUCUGACUGGGGUAGGAAAUGGAGUAUGUAGGGGCAAAUAUGAGUCAGGAUGAAUGUGCUGUAAGUAAGACAGAAUGUAUGGAGCAUGGAAGCAUAUUGUGAGAGGGCAAAUGUGAAUCAAAGAAACAUGAGUACUAUGGCCAUGAGGAAGAUGUAUCAAACCUUCAAAAGUGAUAAAGUGGAGAAGCUGUCCAUAGCAACCAUUUUAUCUCUCAAAGGUUUGAUAUAUCUCCCCAGAGUGAGAAUAUACAGUAUGGACCACAUAAGUAGAGUAUGAGUGAGAGGGUGAGUGCAUUGUGUGUACCUUGUGUGUCUACUGUGUGAUUUGUACAAAGUGGUUGUAUACUGCCAUGCGAGUACACACACAAUAUAUUGUGUGUGUAAAGAGCUCUUCUUAUUACACCCUAUGUGGUUCUCUUUGUUCCUUGAUCAUUUUGUGCAUAUCACCACAACACCACAACUGGUCCAUGUGUUGUGGAACUUGUGCCGAACACAGUCUGUAUGUGGUUUGGUGCACUAGUAGGAGUAAAGAUAUCCUAGUGAAAUUUCAGGGUAGGUUAUCAACAGGGUCCAACAGAACAGUCCUCUAUGGGACAUUGUAGUCCUCUACGAGACAUCUGGAGAAAGAAGAGUCAGAAAAGAGCCACCUAUGGAGGAAAGUGGUGCUAAUGGAAUAAUACUGUGCUGGUUUUUCACAGAUUGGGCCUGAUGAGCAACUUGGAUCUGGUGGAAGGCGGAGCUAAGGGAACAUUGCUCUUGUGAUGUCAGAUCAUGGUGGGUGGAGUUAGCAGAUAACUCUCUUUAUAGUGGGUUAGACAAGCUGACAAUGGACUGCGCUGGCCUCUCGCAGGCCGGAUAUAGCUACAGGUGGAUGCACUGUGAGGGAAUUCAGUGACUAUUGUGAUGCUAAGCCUUCGUGAAUGUGGGGUGGUGGAAAUGUUACGCCAAACCCUCUUGUUAAUAUUUGGGUCGGGAAGCCAUAACUCUUUGUGUCUGGUGCAGCCUGGAAGCUGCUAACUGGGUAACACAAUUUGAGAUUUGAUGUUUAUAUUAUUUAAAUAAAGAAAUCUCCCAGAUUA